UCCCCUGCCCGCUCCCUCCCCUCCCCUGCGCCCUCCCCUGCCUCUGCCCCAGUAGCCUGCACCCCUCUCCUCCCGUCUCCUCCCCUCUCCCUGCGGCCGGCUCCCCCUCCGCCGCCGUCCCUCGCCUGA